AUGGCGACGAUGGCGUGGCUCCCGUUCGUCGCCCUGCUGCUGACAGAGGCGGUUGGCCAAGAUUUGAAACCAUCGGAUGGAAAUCGACCGCAACUGCAACCGACCAGACCGGUAUUGUCCGAUUUCAUCAAGCUCCCGCGACAAUUCCAGCCACCUCGGCCGUCUGCGACGCCGGACUCCGCGAACACGCUCCCAAACCUCGCCAGACAUCCUCGAAAACGACAAUUAGGCGACUUGGGAGCGCAUUUCCAACCGCUGACGCUGCCCCUGGCCGCCCCCGCGCUGCAUCCAACCGUGUUCGACUCGACCAUCAAGACGACCAUCGUCCCACGGUUAAACGAGGCUACGAAACAUGUGAUCGAACCUCGCGUUGCUUUCGUGGGGCCGACGCAACGGCGAAUCCACGACAGCCAACAGUCGCCAUCCUUCUAUCACGGCCACAGACAUCAUCACGGACAUCACGCGCAUCACGAUCAUCACGCGAAGCACAAACACGACCAUGGUCACAAGCAUCAUCACGAGCACGACCACAAGCACGGGCACGAGCAUCACGCCGAGCACAAGCAUCACGAGGAGCACAAGCAGCACCACGACCACCAUCAUCAUCACGGACACGACCAUCACCACGGCCACAAGCAUCAUUCGGACCACAAGCAUCAUCACGGUCACGAGCACAAGCACGAGCACGGCCACAAGCACGAGCACAAGCACGGCCACGACCACAAACAUCACGGGGAGCAUCAACACCAUCAUGGUCAUCAGCAUCACUCGAAACACGAGCACCACGAGGAGCACAAACAUCACGCCGAGCAUCACCACCACCAUAAGCAUCAUCAUCACAACGAGCAUCAUCACCACCAUGAGCAUCACCACGUCAACGAGCAUCAUCAUCAUCAUACGCACAAGGAGACCGAGAAUCACCACCACCAUCACGGCCACGAUCACAAGGAGGACCACAAACACGGCCACAAAGAGGAACACAAGCAUCACCAUGGCCACGAGCACAAGCACGGACACCACGAGGAUCAUCAUCACGGCCACCACGAGGACCAUCAUCACAAACACGGCCACGAGCACAAGCACGGCCACCACGCGGACCAUCACCAUAAACACGGACACGAGCACAAGCAUGGACACCACGAGGACCACCAUCACGGCCAUCACGAGGACCACAAACACGAACACCACGAGGACCACCACCACAAACACGGCCACGAGCACAAGCAUGGUCACAAAGAGGAACACCAUCACGGGCACCACGAGGACCAUCACCACGCCCACCAUCAGGACCAUAAACAUCACCAUCAUCAGGACCACAAGCAUGACCACGAGCACAAGGAGGAGCACAAGCACGGCCACGAGCACAAGCAUCAUCACGACCAUCACGAGGACCACAAGCAUCACGAGCAUCACAAGCAUCACGAGGGCCACGAGCACAAACACGGCCACUCCCACGAGGAGGAACACAAGCAUUUCGACGACCAUCACCAUAAGCAUCACCACGAGGGACAUCACAAGCAUCACGAGAGCCAUCAUCACGCUGCUUACGAACAACACGGCCACGAACAUUACAAAGGACUUGGACAUUACUUCGACGCUUCUCAGCACCACGAAGAGUACGUAUUUCCCGAAGAAACGGUGACCAUCGCGGCAACACCACCCGUAGACGAUAUUCUUAAGAUCAAAAAGGAACCGGAAGUCCAGGUAACCGUCGAACCGACGGCCACUGGCCAAGCUUGA